UUGAGAAACGUCUUCUCUCCUUUGUUAGUGGACGAGUGGGAGUGUCCCUGGAAUUGAAUCCGUUUCAAUGGCGGGUUCUUCGAUCAUGGAGAACCUCUUCCAGCGCACGCUGGAGGAUCUGAUCAAAGGCAUGCGCCUCCAGCUCAUUGGCGAGUCUACCUUCAUCUCCAAGGCCACGGAGGAGAUCCGCCGCGAGAUCAAAUCCACCGACCACCACACCAAAUCCACGGCGCUCCUCAAGCUCUGCUACCUCUCCGCCGUGCACGGCGUCGACAUGUCCUGGGCGUGCUUCCACGUGGUGGAGGUCAUGUCCUCCUCGCGGUUCGCGCAGAAGAGGAUCGGCUACCACGCGGCGUCGCAGUCCUUCCACGACGACACUCCGGUGCUCCUCCUCAUCACCAACCAGCUCCGCAAGGACCUCUCCUCCGCCAACCACUUCGAGGUAAGCCUCGCCCUCGAAUGCCUCUCCCGAAUCGCCACGCCCGAUCUCGCUAGGGAUUUGACCCCCGAGCUUUUCAAUUUGCUCUCCACCGCUAGGGUUUUCGUUCGGAAGAAGGCUAUUGCCGUCGUUUUGAGGCUCUUCGAUAAGUACCCCGACGCCGUCAGGGUUUGCUUCAAGCGCUUGGUCGAGAAUCUCGAGAGCUCCGAUCCUCAGGUUGUCACUGCCGUCAUCGGGGUUUUCUGCGAGCUCGCUGCCAAGGAUCCGAGGUCGUAUCUUCCCCUGGCGCCCGAGUUUUAUAGAAUUUUGGUUGAUUCUAAGAACAAUUGGAUUUUGAUUAAGGUGCUGAAGGUGUUUGCUAAGUUGGCUCCCUUGGAGCCUAGGUUGGGGAAGAGGAUUGUUGAGCCUGUUUGUGAGCAUAUGAGGAGGUCUGGGGCGAAGUCCUUGGUGUUUGAGUGUGUUAGGACUGUGCUCACUAGCUUGAGUGGUUAUGAGUCUGCUGUUAAGCUCGCGGUCGAGAAGGUUAGGGAGUUGGUGGAUGAUCAGGAUCCCAAUCUUAGGUAUCUUGCGCUGCACGUGCUUUCGGUUGCUGUGCCGGAGCACUUGUGGGCAGUGUUGGAAAACAAGGAAGCGGUGAUUAAGUCGUUGAGUGAUGAGGAUUCCAAUAUCAAGAUUGAGUCUCUGCGGCUGUUGAUGGCCAUGGUGUCCGAGAGCCAUUUGGCGGAUAUAUCCAGGGUGUUGCUCAAUUAUGCAUUGAAGUCUGACCCUGAAUUUUGCAAUGAGAUUUUGGGCUCCAUUUUGACGACGUGUGGUAGGAAUGUGUAUGAGAUUGUUGAUGACUUUGAUUGGUAUGUGUCUCUUCUUGGAGAAAUGGCGACGAUUCCUAACUGCCAAAAGGGGGAAGAGAUUGAGACUCAGCUUGUUGAUAUCGGCAUGAGAGUUAGGGAUGCUAGAAUGCAGCUUGUUCAGGUUGGGCGGGAUCUGUUGAUUGACCCUGCGUUACUGGGUAAUGUGCAUUUGCAUAGGAUUUUGUGUGCUGCUGCUUGGGUUGCUGGAGAGUAUGUUGAGGUUGCGAGCAAUCCUUUUGAACUCAUGGAUGCACUCCUACAGCCUCGUACCAGUCUCUUGCCACCAUCAAUAAGAGCAGUUUAUAUUAAUGCUGCUUUUAAAAUUUUAAUUUUUUGUCUAGACUGUUACCUUCUGCAAAAUGAAGGUACUGCAUCCUUGGAUUCUGGUAACUUGGCUGGGGGACAGUCAGAGUUGUUUAGUGUAAAAAAUGACACUGAAGCUGCUGAAUUGGCAACAUGUGAAGGUUCAAAGUAUGAACAGGAUGCAGGUUUUAACCCGAGGAAUACAACUGAAUCUUUUGAUGAUCUUUCUGCUGAAAAUGGCAUUGAGAGAGUUGCCACUCAUGAUCAAACAAUAACACCUACAUUCGUGGAAAAGAAGAAUUUCAUGCAUGAAUCCAUUGUAAACCUGUUGAAUAGAAUUGAGUUAAUUUUUGGCCCACUAAUAGCAAACCAGGAUGUUGACGUGCUGGAGAGAGCACAAAACAUGCUUUCCCUUGUUCUGUUGAUUAAAGGAGAAAAUGAUAAUUCAUUUCAGGAUGUGGACAAGAAAGAUACUCGAGUUUCAGCUAUUAUCAAAUUGAUGCGUGAUGCUUUUACUAUGGAACUUGGUCCAGUGUCAACAAGUGCACAAGGAAGGGUUGCUGUGCCGGAUGGAUUAGUUCUUAAAGAGAAUCUUGGUGACUUACAUGCAAUAUGUGGUGAUAUUGAACUGCCGUCAUCAAGUUCGUUUUCCACAGCAGGCCCUCACCUUACCGCUACUUCAGAUGCUUCUUCAUCUAAUCCUCUGAUAAAUGAAGAGUCAGGGGCAUUGAAUGAAUCUACAUCCUUGAUUGAACACCGUAAGCGGCAUGGAUUAUAUUAUCUUCCUUCAGAGAAGAGUGAGAUUGUUACAGAUGAGUAUCCUCCUGCAAAUGAUCCAAAGUCAAACAGUAAUAUAAAUGAUGAAGCUUCAGAGCUAGUCAAGCUAACAGAGCAAUCGCUUCUUCUGAAGAAAAGGACAAACCAAACAAAGCCUAGGCCUGUGGUGGUGAAAUUGGAUGAUGGAGAUGUGGCACCAAUAUCAGUCCAAAGGCCAGAGCCAAGGGGUGAUUCUCUUUCUGGUGCCAUAAAAGAUGUUCUUCUCGGAAGCGAAACUGGGCCAAGUAUGUCUCAAAGUAAUCCUUAUGAUAAGUCAUCAAGGAAGCAGAAAGAGAAAAAGAAACUAGGCACAAAUGUUCAGUCUGAAAUGAAGGAAAAUGUAGUUGAUGCAGAAAAGCCCGACUCUGAAAAUCCAAAUUCAAGUGGCAAAAAUCAUGGUCAUACUAGAGAGAGAAGACACAGAGGAAAAGAGAAGAUUGUUGAGGGGGAAGAGCAUGAUCAAAGGGGAAAGAAAAAGAGUGGCCACCGCCACAGUAGGCGAAAAACUCAUCAAAGAGCAAAGUCACCCUUAAAUGUGGUUUCCCAAACACCAGAAAUUCCAGAUUUUCUUUUGUAGUGUUAAAUGAUUGAUUGGUUUUGAUUUCUCAUCACCUGUUGUUAUUGACUGAGGCUGUUUACAUGUUGUAUUCUUAGUGCUGAGCCCUGAAGAUAGUUCUGUAGAUUUGGUAUUUUUUUCCAUUGCUCAUGGUUUCUUAUAUCCCUUCUUUGUUGUCUGUUUUUGGCCCUACAUGUCACAAAAUGAACAUAUUUAAGACGCAAAAUUUUCAAGUUUGAUGCUGUUUGGCAGCCCUUUUCUUGAUA